UACAAUAAAAAUGUUACAAAAUUUGUUACUCCUACUUCUAGUUCCUAUCUUUCUCCAUUCUUUUCCUAUACUUAUUCAAGGUUCAAAUCAAUAUGAAAGAAAGCCAUAUAUUGUAUAUAUGGGAGAACUACCAGCAUCAAGAGCUCAUACCAUGGAACAACAUCACUAUAACAUGUUGGAGGCUGUUAUUGGAAAUAAGCAGUUAGCCAGAGAAUCCAAAAUACAUAGCUAUGGAAAGAGCUUUAAUGGAUUUGUUGCACGACUUUUGCCUCAUGAAGCAGAGAAACUGAAAAAGGAGAAGAAUGUGGUAUCUGUGUUUAGAAAUACAUAUAAUAAACUACACACAACAAGGUCAUGGGAUUUCAUAGGAAUGCCCCUCAAAGUGAGGAGAAAUCCUAACAUAGAAAGUCACAUCAUUGUGGGCGUGUUAGACACCGGUAUUUGGGUUGAUUGCCCAAGUUUCAAUGAUGAGGGGUAUGGACCUCCCCCGCGUAGAUGGAAAGGCAAAUGUGUCAUGGGAGCUAACUUCACUGGCUGCAACAACAAGGUAAUCGGAGCAAAAUACUUCAACCUUGACCCAACUGGUCCAACCCUGCCAAACCCGAGUCCAGUGGACGAUCAAGGCCAUGGCACUCACACGUCAUCAACCGCAGCUGGAUCAGUGGUGAGGGGUGCAAGUCUUUAUGGAAUUGGUGAAGGCACUGCACGUGGUGGUGUCCCAUCGGCACGUAUUGCAAUGUAUAAGGUUUGUUGGAGUAUUGGGUGCAGUGACAUGGACAUGCUUGCUGGAUUUGAUGAAGCCAUUGCUGAUGGUGUCAAUUUCAUAUCAGUGUCCAUUGGUGGACCCUCGCGUGACUUUUUCUCUGACCCAAUUGCUAUUGGAGCAUUUCAUGCUAUGAGAAGAGGUGUUCUCACUUCUUGCUCAGCUGGAAAUGAUGGUCCUCGACCUAUGUCUGUUGAGAAUGUAGCUCCUUGGAUUAUGACUGUUGCUGCCACCACCGUCGAUAGACAGUUCACCACACUAGUUUCCUUUGGUGAUGGAAAGAAUGUUACGGGACUAUCUAUUAAUACAUUUUCCCCUGAGAAAAAUAUGUAUCCACUGACUAGUGGAAGUCUUGCUGCUAACCUUAGUGGAGAUUCAUAUGGCAGUCCUAGUGGUUGUGAUUAUGGGACUCUAGACAGGGAUAAGGUGAAGGGGAGAAUAGUGUAUUGUUCUGGGGGUACAGGUGGCCAAGACUUGACCAUUAAAGAGUAUGGAGGAGCAGGAACCAUUAUAGCACUUGAAGAUGAAGCAGAUGCUUCCUACACCACAGUUAUUCCAGGGGCAUUUGUUGAUAUCAAUACAGUAGGCAAAAACAUUGAAACCUAUAUCAAUUCCACAAAGAAUCCUCAAGCUGUGAUUUACAAAACAGGAAGUACAAAAUUCCCAGCUCCAUAUCUUGCUACUUUUUCAUCUAAAGGUCCUCAGCGUAUCACUCGUAACAUCCUCAAGCCUGACUUGGCUGCCCCGGGACUGGACAUACUAGCUGCCUACUCCAAACUGGCAACGCUAACAGGGUACCCCGAAGACACUCGUUACGAUGUUUUUAAUAUAAUAUCAGGAACUUCCAUGGCUUGUCCACAUGCCAUUGCAGCUGCUGCUUAUGUUAAAUCCUUCCAUCCUGACUGGACUCCUGCUGCAAUUAAAUCUGCCCUCAUGACCACUGCAACUCCUAUAAAAGUCAACGACAAUUUCACGGAACUGGGAUCCGGGUCAGGACAGAUUAGUCCAGUAAAAGCAUUGCAUCCUGGCCUACUUUAUGACAUUAGAAUGGACUCCUAUAUUUCCUUCCUAUGCAUGCAAGGCUACAACAGCACCAGCAUCGGUACCCUUAUUGGUAGCAAAAGUUUCAAUUGCAGCAAGGUUAAACCUGCACUAGGCACUGAUGGAAUCAACUACCCUACCAUGCAUGUCCAGCUCCUGAAUGUCACUUCUAGAAUUUCCGAAGUUUUUUACAGGACUGUGACUAAUGUAGGAUAUGGAAAUUCAAUAUACAAGGCUAAAGUCACAGCACCUGAGGGUCUUUCUGUAGAGGUCAUCCCAGAUAUAUUGAAGUUUAGUCGGUUGCACCAAGACCUGUCAUUUAAGGUUGUCCUGAAGGGGCCUCCAAUGCCGGCGGAGAAAGUUACAUUAUCUGCAACUCUUGAAUGGAAUGACUUUAAACACAGUGUUAGAAGUCCAAUAGUUGUCUUUAAGCCAUUUUGAUACCAAAAUCCGUGUUGGACAGAUUUCAUAUCCUAGGAAUUUAAGUUCAA